AUGGCAUUGACUACACCUGACCCCGAGCACCUCUACGGCUUGGUUGACAUGGGAAGCAAUGGCAUCCGCUUUUCCAUCACCGACCUCUCACCACCAACAACGAGAAUUUUACCUACACUGUACACCUCUCGUGCUGGAAUCUCGCUCUACGAUGCGCAAUACUCUUCCACCGGCACACGCAUCCCCAUCCCCGACAGAGUGAUACAAAAAGUCGUCGACAAACUCAUCCACUUCAAACGCACAUGCAGCGAUUUCUGCGUGCCCGACCAAAACAUCACGGUACUCGCCACCGAAGCCACUAGAACGGCAGUAAACUCUGAGGACUUUAGGGGAGCAAUUAAGCAAAAGACGGGAUGGGAAGUCAAGAUGCUGAAGAAAGAGGAUGAAGGGAGAGUGGGUGCGUUGGGUGUGGCGACGAGUUUGGGCGAGGUUAAAGGGCUGGUUAUGGAUUUGNGGGGUGGGAGUACGCAGUUGACUUGGUUGGUUAGUGAUGCGGACACGNGGGAGAUCAAGAUGCCUGAGGGAGGGGCGGUGAGUAUGCCGUUUGGUGCUGCUGCGCUGAGCAGACGACUUCAAGAAGCUGAACAUGCAGGAGAGAAGGCGAAAAAGCGUUGGAGCNAGGAGGUCAAACAGACCAUUACUGAGGCAUUCAAGAGUCUGAGUAUCCCUCACGAACUCCAGGAGUUGGCGAGACAGCAGGGUGGAUACGCGUUGUAUCUCUCCGGCGGCGGAUUUAGGGGUUGGGGCUUUGUGCUUAUGAGCGAGCACACCGUGUCUCCAUACCCAAUCUCGCUGAUCAAUGGCUUCUGCGCUGACAGAAGCUCUUUCUUGGACACCACUUCUGUCAAAGCCGCAGCAUCCUCACAUCUGGAUGAACAAGACGACAGCGCCAUCUUUCGCAUUUCUCAACGACGAGCUACUCAAGUGCCUGCCGUGGCUUUCCUGGUCACCGCAUUAUCAGAAGCCCUGCCUCACAUCAAAGAAGUCCGUUUCUGUCAAGGCGGCGUCAGAGAAGGCUAUCUCUUUUCCACUUUACCGCAGCAAUUGCGUGCACAAUCGCCAGUAGUCGUCGCUACCACCUCACACGCAACACCUGGAUCCCCUCACCACACAAAUCUUCUGCUUUCUGCCAUUCCUUCUGGCACUCUUGCUUCUACGGGUUUGACGCCUGCUCUCAUCACUGCUUUUGCAAAUCUUUCUCACCAUUAUUCUUCGCAUCCAAAGGACAUUCGUGCGGCGGCGGCUUUAAGGUCGACAACUACUGGGUUGCUUGCUCAAGCUCAUGGGCUCUCGCAUCAUGAACGUGCUUGUCUGGCUUUACUUCUUUGUCAUCGUUGGGGCGGUGCUCGCGAUCUUCCUCCCGUGGACAUGCCCUUCUUUUCCUCUUUGCAGGCACUUAUCGGUGCUAAAACAUCAUGGUGGUGUGUAUACUUCGGCACCGUAGCCGCUCUCGUCGGCGCAAUUUAUCCUUCUGGCCGAGGCAAUGAGUUGAUGACUCUUUCCUCGGCAUGGAGUGUUUCUCACAAACAUGGAGAGAAAAUGUUGGUGCUGAGCACGAGGGAUAAACAGGGUACUUCUCUCCAUUCCAUCGUCCCAGAGGAGAUGGAAAAGAUUGAAAAGUGCGGCAAAAAGAAGAAUUGGAUUGGUGGAAGAGAGGGCUAUGGGUUCAAAGUUCAGGUGCUGUAG